AUGCCAUCCGACUCCCACAAGAACUAUUCCCCAACCCAAUCCAUGGUCAACCCAGGCAUGAACUACUGGGUUCGCUCCAAUUCACCAACACAGAGCACACGACGCAACGCCGCCGGUCGUGGUCUCUUCUCCGGGUUGCAGGACGUGAAACAUUAUAAUGUCGAAGGUGGAUGGGCGGGCAGACAAGUUGUUGACGAUGGACAGAGUUCAUGGUUUGGCUGGUUGGGCAGCUUUAUUUCGGGGAAAUAA